CUGUUCCCCGCCCAGCCGGUCUCGUGCCGGUGCUGUUUGCGUGUGGACGCGGGCAGGCGUUGCGUUCGCUCGGUGCGGCAGCCUUUGGUGAUGAAGAAACAAGAGCAAACACAUAAAAACAAUACAUCAGCCACUUGGGAAUGAGAGAAGAAACAGCAAGGGGUUCGAGUUUGAGAAAAACUAGGGUGCAUUUGAGAACAGAAAGAAACAACGCAGGCAGAAUUAACAGGUCCUUGAGCAAAAUGGGAAAUGGCUCAGUGAAACCCAAACAUCCCAAGCAUCCAGAUGGCCACUCCGGGAACCUCACCUACAAUGCCCUGCAGAGCAAGGUGGCAGAGCUGGAGAGAGAGCUGAGGAGGAAGGAUGCCGAGAUCCAGGAGCGGGAGUACCAUCUGAAGGAACUGCGGGAGCAGCUGUCGAAGCAGACUGUGGCCAUCGCGGAGCUCACGGAGGAGCUGCAGAACAAGUGCAUCCAGCUGAACAAGCUGCAGGAUGUGGUGCACAUCCAGGGCGGCAGCCUGCUUCAGGCCUCUCCAGAGAGGAUCCCUCUGGAGGUGCACCGGAAGACCUCGGGGCUGGUCUCUCUCCACAGCAGGAGGGGAGCAAAGGCUGGGGUGUCUGCCGAGCCAACAACCCGAACCUAUGACCUCAACAAACCCCCUGAAUUUUCCUUUGAGAAAGCAAGAGUCAGGAAAGAUUCCAGUGAGAAGAAGCUCAUUACAGAUGCUCUUAAUAAAAAUCAGUUUUUGAAGAGACUGGAUCCUCAGCAAAUCAAAGACAUGGUGGAAUGCAUGUAUGGAAGAAACUACCAGCAAGGGAGUUACAUUAUUAAGCAGGGAGAACCAGGAAACCACAUCUUUGUGUUGGCAGAGGGCCGAGUAGAGGUGUUUCAAGGGGAGAAAUUGAUAUCAUGCAUUCCUAUGUGGACCACGUUCGGGGAACUAGCCAUUUUAUACAACUGUACAAGGACCGCCUCUGUGAAAGCUAUUACCAAUGUUAAAACUUGGGCACUAGAUCGAGAGGUAUUCCAGAAUAUAAUGAGAAGGACGGCUCAAGCUAGAGAUGAACAGUACAGAAACUUCCUCAGAAGUGUAUCCUUGCUGAAGAACUUACCUGAAGACAAGUUAACCAAGAUCAUUGACUGCUUGGAAGUGGAAUACUAUGACAAAGGAGAUUACAUUAUUCGAGAAGGCGAGGAAGGAAGUACCUUUUUCAUUUUAGCCAAAGGAACGGUAAAAGUCACCCAGAGUACAGAGGGCCACGAUCAACCACAAGUGAUAAAAACACUGCAGAAAGGAGAAUACUUUGGAGAAAAAGCUCUUAUCAGUGAAGAUGUCAGAUCAGCGAACAUUGUUGCUGAGGAAAAUGAUGUCGCAUGCCUGGUUAUAGAUCGAGAAACAUUCAACCAAACAGUUGGGACUUUUGAAGAACUCCAAAAAUACCUUGAAGGGUAUGUGGCAAACCUGAACCGUGAUGAUGAAAAAAGACAUGCGAAGAGAUCCAUGUCUCACCGGAACCUGUCCAAAGCGCUCUCUCUGGAGAUGAUUCAGCUGAAGGAGAAGGUGGCCAGAUUUUCCUCAUCGUCCCCAUUCCAGAACCUUGAGAUUAUCGCCACACUGGGCGUUGGUGGGUUCGGAAGAGUUGAGCUUGUUAAAGUGAAAAAUGAGAAUGUUGCUUUUGCUAUGAAGUGCAUAAGGAAGAAGCACAUAGUGGAUACUAAGCAACAGGAGCAUGUCUACUCCGAGAAGAGGAUCCUGGAGGAGCUGUGUUCUCCCUUCGUUGUGAAAUUGUAUCGUACUUUCAAGGACAAUAAGUAUGUAUACAUGCUUCUGGAAGCCUGCUUAGGUGGCGAGCUAUGGAGUAUAUUAAGGGACAGAGGCAGCUUUGAUGAACCCACCUCCAAGUUCUGCGUGGCUUGUGUGACUGAAGCAUUUGAUUACCUGCAUCGACUAGGUAUUAUCUACAGAGACCUGAAGCCAGAAAACUUAAUUCUGGAUGCUGAGGGCUAUCUGAAAUUGGUUGACUUUGGAUUUGCUAAGAAAAUAGGAUCUGGACAGAAAACAUGGACAUUCUGUGGGACCCCAGAGUAUGUAGCCCCUGAAGUCAUUCUCAACAAAGGCCACGACUUCAGUGUGGAUUUCUGGUCCCUGGGAAUUCUAGUGUAUGAGCUCCUGACUGGCAACCCGCCCUUUUCCGGGACUGACCAAAUGAUGACCUACAAUUUGAUUCUCAAAGGAAUUGAAAAAAUGGAUUUUCCCAGAAAAAUAACAAGAAAACCUGAGGAUUUGAUUAGGAGGCUUUGCAGGCAAAAUCCAACAGAAAGGCUGGGAAAUCUGAAGAAUGGAAUCAAUGACAUUAAGAAACACAGGUGGUUAAGUGGUUUUAAUUGGGAGGGACUGAAAGCACGGAACCUUCCAUCACCUUUACGAAGAGAGCUCAGUGGACCCACAGAUCACAGCUACUUUGACAAGUAUCCACCUGAAAAGGGAAUACCUCCAGAUGAGCUAUCAGGCUGGGAUAAAGACUUCUGAAAGAAAAACAAAGAAAAACGAAAAACAGAUGAUUACUGCCUAUCUACUAAGAAGAGAACUAUGAGCACUAAUAAUCCAAUACUGAUUAUUUUUCUCUUUGGUGUAUUGUGAUAUCUUUUGGAAGACCAUUAGGGAAAAGAAAUCCUUGCCCACGCUAGGGAUUGUGGGUGGAUGCUAGUGGGUAUGGAGGUGGUUCUGAAUUAUAAUGUCUUAUUUAGAUGCUGUGAAUUAUUCAUGUAUCUGUUCUUUGCUUUUCUCAAAUGUUGAAGACUGUCCUAUUCUCUCCACAGUCAGAACCAUUUUUGUUGAAGGGGCAUAGUGUUCUCUGCAAUCUAUUGCUCCAUCCUGAUCCAUACUCAUUUCCUUUGAGUCCUAAUAAGGUUUAAAAGUGUCUUGCCUUUGAGCAACUAAGUCAUCCAAAUAGCAUCAAGAACAAGGGUGAAUUUUGCAAGAUUUCCCCUGCUCUCAACAACUCCAUGUAAGCAUUAUGGCAUCUUAAAAUGGCGGUUUGCAGGAAUCUUGGUAGUCAAAAGAGGCUCUUGACUUUUACUUGUGUUCAACCUAGAAAUGUAUUAAGGUACUUCUGAUAUUAGUCUAGGGAAAGGCAAGUUUGAGUAUUUAGUCAGUGGUACCGCUCCCUAAAAUAAGUGAGUUAAUUAAUCCAACAAGGUAAUUAUAUUUCAUUGGGGAAACUUAAAAAAAAAAAGCAAAAAAAUAUUUUCCAUUCUCCUGUGACCAGCUGUGAUACCUCAGACACUUUCCAAAACUUUGUUAAAGGUGGUUUUAAUGUGCAGUUAAGUGAUGGGCUUUUGGAAAGGUUUUACCUUACAGACUAAGUUGUUUUUUUUUUUUUUAUAUAAUCAAAGUAGAAAUCAUGCAGGAACAAAAUUGUGAAGGCUUUUCCUUCCCAUGAAAUAUGGAGAAGAAUAAAGUCUGAUAGGUUAGGUUGCUGAGUCUUUGAAACUCUGAGAUAUUUUUGGCAGUUCUGUGAUUGUUGCUAUUAAUAAGCCAAGAGUAUAGACUAACCAGAGUUAAUUUUUAAUGAAGAUGCCAUUAGUCAAUGUUGAUGCACUGUCAUCAUUGCUGCGUUAACUCUUUGCAAAGACAUCUGAGUCAUGAUGUGUUUAUAAUUGUAGAUUGUUAAGGCAGACAAGCUGCCGAGGAAGUGAUGGGACUGUAAAAGCGGGAGCGUAUUCUAGCUUCUGUCCUCCUCUCGCCUCCUCCAUGCAGUCUUCCAAAUAGUGAAGAGAGUAGCUUCAAUAGCCUUGGAAGCCAGUACCUAAGUUCUUUACUAGUAAAAGUGUCUGUGUAUCAACCAUGAUCACUUCCUCGCCCUCCUUCCAAAAUGGAUAGGAAGCAGACUUUCUCUGUAUCUUUUUGAUCUGGCAGAGUGAAAUAACGGGCUAAGGUAUUGCAUUAUUCAAGUGUCUGAUUAUAUUUUUAUAUGCAAAUGUCCCAAGGGAAAAGCAGCCUCUACCCACACCCCACCCAUAUUUUCUUCAUUCAAAGAAAGUCAGCUACAUGCUUCCUGAAGGAAUAAACCAGAUAAGAGAGGUCCAACCCAGGAAGGUGCAUUCUUAACAAAUUGAAUUUCCACAUUUAGAAUCCUUUUGCUGAACCAAAGAAGUUUUGUUUCCUGGAAUAGUAUUUUUAAAGACUAUGUAUUGUACAUAGAAAAACCAUUUUUAAUAGGAUUGACAUAACCUGCUUAAAUGAAUUUCUAAGAUUUUUAAAAGAUUUUUAUUUGCAUUUGGUUUGUAAGCACUGUAUGUUUUACCAUGUAUAUAUUUUUAAAUUACCCACCUAAAUGUAGGUAAUUUAUGUAUUGGGUGGAUAUUAAAAUUGUACAGUUAUAAUAGCAAUGAUAUUCUCAAAGGAGAUAUAGAGUUGUAAUUCAAGAAAGACCUACAUAUAUACAAAUAAAAACCGACUUAGACUACUACAGGUAUUUUGCCUGUGACUGGCCAUAUCAAUAUGUAAUAUUAACGUGUGAUUUUAUUGUGUUUUAGAAAGAUGAAGAAAUGAGAGAUUGAACCAAAAUAUAAUCCCAAUUCCACUAUUUCCUAGCUGGACAGCCUUGGGGGAAAAUGACUUCAUUUCUUUGAGUACUAGCUUUCUAACCUGUAGAAAAAGGCACAGUAAAGUAAUACCUACACUAGAGGUUUGUUUGGGGGAUUAAAUAAGAUAUCUAGAGAGUUCUUUGCUGAUACCUGUAAAAUAAUCAAUGCUACGUAGAUGGGAGCUACUGAUACUAUUUACUAUCUCUAUUAGAAUUAAAAGGGUCUUAAUCAUUUAGUCCUGAACCUUAGAUAUC